AUCGCAAUACUCUCCGAAACUUCACCAUGAAGCAGACUUUCAACAUGAUCAUGCUCACAUCGACUAUACUUCUCUUACAAUUGAGGAGCUCAUUGCAAAAGUAGCCCUUGUCACAUGAACCUAUGCAAUCUCCAAAGCUCUCCCUUGAGCGUACCCAGUAUCAUGAAUGUAAACUCUAUAAAACAAUUCCUCUCAGGGCUACUCAGGGUAGACCAACUUGACGGUCAUUUCAUCAUUACAACAUGAUCUCCGCAGUUGGCAAUAGGUGCAAUCGAAUGAAAAGGGUCUAAAAGUUCAUGUGACAAGGGCUACUUUUGCAAUGAGCUCCUCAAUUGCUCAUUAUUCAGAGUGAAAAGAUCGACGAACCAACACUAAAACCAGUCGAUCCAUUUUCAGCCAGCGGAGAUGCGGGAAUCUUGAAAAAAGAACUGAAGCAAGAUUUCAUCACAGAUCGAGAUAAAGUAGCCAAGCUUUGGUUCCGAAGAUCAUCCGAACAACGCAUACAAAUAAAAGAUUUCUACGAUAGUAAUUUUUGCCCGAUAAGUUGGUGCGGAUAUUAUUACACUUAUCGAUGCCCUUUGUUUUGGGGUCUCGAAGAUAUUUCUGAUGACAGCUUGUGUGAUCUCUACGACGAUUCGCUACUGGCACCUAGACAAUUAUUGGGCAAAACUGUCUACCAAGCGAUCAUAGGUAAAUGGAAGGAAGUAGGUGCCAUAGAAGAGAUUGUAUGCGGUAAUGAUGCAGACAUGAAAAAUGAAAUAAACAAGUUUUACGGUGAAGCAUAUAAAGACACGGUUGAAAAUCAUCUGGGAACAUUCCGAAAUGAUGAUCAUGAUUACCAAAAAGUUAUGAAAGAUUACUGUUGGAAAGGACUAUGCCAAGAUAAAAAAAUCAAACCAGAAGAUGCGGACAAGGAGGCACAAGCUCUGAAAGCCAUUGACCCUGAAAAAGAUAAAGACGGAUUCAAAAAGAAACUCACCGAAUUACUUGACAAGAACUGCGAACCAGAUCUGAAAAUGAUUUUUGAAAAAUAUCGUACAAACAAAGACUGCGGUAUCGGAGAAGCUGUUGACAAAGCCUUCGAGGUUAAAAGAGUAAAGAGAGCCUACAAUCGUUUAGUUAGAUACAUCGAAGAUACCUGUAGAUUUUACGCAGACGAGCUACAUGAAGCUGUAGAUGGAUGUGGAACUGAUACUGAUAGGAUAAAUCGUAUUGUUUUGACCAGAUGUGAAAGAGAUUUGGGAUGCAUUUUGAAAAAAUAUAAAGAAUUUCAUGACAAACGCUUUACCAAACGUUUAAUAGAGGAUACUGCCGCAGAAGGUCGUUACCGUUUAAGUAUCAGAUUACUAUGCGGAGAAAAUGAUUAAGCUAACAUUGCCACACCUAAACCCAAAAUAACAACUGUUAAUUUGACAGAAAAAAAUAUAUAUUUAGCUUGUAAUGAAUUUAAAAUUUGUCUUCUUUGUAGCAUGUAAACGGAUUAAAAUGCUCAUAAAAGUUGAAACAUUUUUUUAAAACUCAUAUUCAUCCAAAGCAACCUCUACAACUCAUCAACUCCAGUUGAGCUAAAAUUUGGAUCAACGAAAGAGCACAUAACGAAGAUCUCAGAACCAAAUUUUCAGCCAGAGAAGUUGAUUUCUCAAUUUUUGGUGAAUUUUUGAAAACUUAUAACUUGAUAUACCUAGACUAUUUCUUGUAAAAUAAAAUAUCAAAUUUUGAUGAAA